AUGCAAGAUUAUUGCAAUCUUCUACGAGAAAAUAUUACAAGUCUUACUUCAUAUUCAAGAAGAUGGAUCUGUAGAAUAGAACAACAACCAUUACUUUCAUCAUACAAUACAACAAAAGAGGUACAAUUAAAAAUAGUUCGUACACCUGAACGUCAUGUUGAACUUAUGAAAGCUAGUGUUGAGAAGAUUCAACAAAUUAUUGCCACAUAUACUACAGAAGUGGAAAAAAUGUAUCCACGUGCUUUGUUUAGGAUUACUCAUAGACAUCAUCGAACGGAUGUAAUGAAAAAUUUAUUCAAAGCUGCAUAUUCAUCAUUAUUCGAUCUAUCAAAUAAACUGAAAGAAUUACAUAAACAAGAAACAAUAGCAAAACGUGCUCUAAAUGAUAAUGAUGGUCAAUCUCAAACGAGACAACAAGAAAUAUUAAAAGCCAUUACAGAAAAAAUUGAGCGAACUGAACGAGCCUAUGAUCGAGAAAAAGUAAUUUAUCGUGAGAGAGCAACAAACAUUUAUCAAGAAUGUCGAGAGCUGGAAAAAGAACGAUUGGAUUUGAUUCGAAAAACGUUAAUCAAAUUCAUUAAAGCAGCAUUUUCGUUUGAAAAUGUAAGUGCACAACGUCAAAUCUAUGAAGAUCUUAGUUCGAUGCUCCAAAAUCAACAAAAUACUUCUGAAGACCUUGAUUUUUGGGCACGACAUUAUGGUGUGUAUGAUCCAACAACAUCUCGGUCAUCUUUGAUGAGUCACACAGAUGAUAAUCGUAACGAAAGGAACUCUACUCAAAUGGCCAGUCAAAGACUCGAGAGGUCUCAAAAUUUCGACACUCUCAGCCACACAACGACAGAAAUAUAUGUAAAUGAAUCAAGAAUUGAACAUGAUGAAGCUGAAAGUGCCGAAUGA